AUUUGUCUAGCGUCACAGCCUUGGACAGACGACGACCCGAAUUAUCCGCAGGACUGCCUUGCGCCUCGAACAACCCAUUGAUACUGACAAUGUCAAGAGAGACCGAAAAGAUGUCUUCAUCACCACAAGACAGCAAUGCUGGCGCUGCUGGAGGCACACCCGGCUCGAACCAGAAGACGCUCCAGGUCUGGUCCGAACCCCUCAAACCCGAAGACCAGAAGCGACUAGAGAACCCGAGCACAACACCCAGUGGCCCAGUGACGAUAUCAGCCGCUGUAUCGACCAUUAAGAAGGAAGAUUUUGGCAACAUUGCCCAGAUGCCCUGUGCACGAGGCGGCCUGUUGACUGGUAUCGCAUCAGGUGCAACAGUGGGCGGACUGCGCUUCGUUAUGCGAGGAAAUGUUGGAAAAGCUGCUAAUUGGGCCGUCGGUUUCUUCCUCUUGGGCAGUGCCGCUUCGUACGAAUACUGCCAGUACAAGCGCCGAGCCGAACGCAUACAGAUGCAACGCACCAUUGAGGUUGUUGCCGAGAAGAAGCGAGAGCAAGCCAAAAAAGCGGAAGAGGCCAAACAAAAGCGAGAAGAGGAGCGCAAAAAGGCCGAACAUCGUUGGUACAAGUUCUGGUAACUGUACUGGCUACGGCUGUAUGAUUAUUUGUAUAUUAAAAAGCGUUGAAAUUAAACGGAGAACAUAUGGAUGUACAUAUAGCAGGUGGAUUAGAGUCUCGGAGGAAUACUGUAAGAUGUAUAUCAAAAAUAAUAGCAUUCAUUCAUAACAUGUUAGGAAUCCAGACAGGACUCCGACCAAAGGGGAAACAUUGAGAGUGGCUAUCCGUCAUCCAAGGUAUAGCUGCGAAACUAAGGAAAAAGACAAAUGAAACUCGGACGCUAAUUUCCAAAUGUUGAAACUCCAGGAGAAAAAAGACAUUAUGCAAACCAUUUCGUAAACCCAAAAACUCCAAACCUGCAGAUAGAACCCUCAACCCGUUGUGAGAGCAAGUUUGUGCCUUUCUGCUUCCAGAAAUCGAACCUUUCGUGCGGCAAGCUUAUCUUCAUGCCUGCUAGCAGAGCUUCCGUCGCGUCUUCGUUGGUUCCUCUUAGCCCUAGCCUCGCUCUCCUCGCGUUUUCUAUACUCCGCCAUUUGCUGCUGGCGCUUCAUGGCCCGAACAUGAGCGAGAGCAGGCGUAGGUUUGAAUCCGACUCCGUUGAUACCGGUGCCAUCAUCGUCCUCGUCAUCAGGGUCAUAGAUAGUGAUUUCGUCUUCAUGCCAAGUGAGCGAGGCUCGUACCGGGUCAACCACUUCCAUGUCUGCAUCAGCCUCGUCAUCGGCAUCAGCAUCACUAUGUUCUUGGACGGGUGACCGCUUUAAACGCAAAGGAGGAGUUCCUGCUCUCUUCUUUGUGCGCCUUCUCGGCGUAGUAGUCUUUGUGCGGCCUCUUUCGGGGCUGGAGCUAGGAAUAUCAGAUGCCGAUACCGCUCCAAGGGAUGCGGGGCGCGGCGAGGCGAACAAGUUUCUCUGUUCGGGUAGUUGUGGUGUGGUGUCAGAAGGAUCUUCUGAUUUCUGACGCUUUCUGCUCUCUGGCUCUUGUCUAGGCGUAAGGUAGCCAGUGCUGCCAAGCUCUAGGCCGCCGAACCGAUGAGCCACGCUUGACCGCGGGCUGCUGCCGCCAUCCUCCGCGGCCUCUUCCUUUGUGAUGUCAAAGGUGAAUUUAAUAGGUGUCAGGGGUGUCUGCUGCUCGUCUCGUUUCCGUUUAGGUGUGCCGUGCAUCAAGUCAGCCAUUCUGUAAUGGGAGUUGGUGGUUUGGCUAUGAUGGCUACCGUAGUUGACCAGGGCGGCUACUCAGGUUCGAGAGAGGAGGAGGGGGGAGAGUUUAGAAGGGCAUGACUUGUGCCAAGGGUGGGGGGUGAAACGAUCUAGCGAAAGAAAGGUGGCAAACUCUAUUAUUUUGGUUGGAAAAGUUUAACGAUGAAUCGGUGCAAGAAAAGGUUGAUUCACCUCCAAAAACUUGAAACAGACAGUUAUCUUGC